AUCUGUAAACUAAUGAAUCAUGAUUCAAAAGUGUAGGAAAUAACUUCAUCUCAUACAGAUCUACGCAAAAUCGUAGAAGAAAUGUAUGAAAUUCAAAGUCAUCGAAAAUCUUCAUGAAAAAUUGAAGAUUUUUAAGUAUGUAUGACAUAUCAAUUCCAUUAUAUGUUUCGAAAAAAGAUAUGAGAUAGGAUUUCAAAUCUGCAAAGAGGAUUAAAAUCCGGUUAAAUAAUAUAAAGAAAUGAGAGAGGAAGAUAAGGUACAAAUGUACAAAGUACGAUGCACUUGUGUUCUUCUCGAAUUCAAAGCCCCUUAAGUUUAUCUCAUGUUCAAAUGAAUUGCCUUAAUGACAUUACAAACGUUGAUUGUACGAGGCAACUUACGCCACAGAAGAACUCGAAACAGUCUAAAAACGACUGUCAUCAGACAUCCAUGAAUAAUUUACUAGAAGUGCCCGUGUUAUACAGUUCUGAAAAGUUUAAAGAACCUUCGACGUCUAGAAAUCCUGAACGCCCCCAUGUUGCAAAUACAAACUUCGAAGUUGAUGAUCAAGGCCAUAUUGAAACAAGAACAACAUUUAAAGACACUCUGAACGACGUAGCAAUAACGUUUAGCAUGUCAGAUGAAUAUUUUGAUAAUGAUAAUUCAUCGUAUCAAUGCGAACAUUGUGGAGCUCAGUUUUGGUACAAAGAGAGACUUAGGGGUUAUGGCAAAAAUAUACAACCGAAGUAUCCUUUGUGUUGUAGAAGUGGUAAAGUUGCAUUACCAUCUUUGUUGCCGCCUCCUCAACACUUGCAAGAUUUAUUCUUGGGAGCCACUACAAAGAGUCAUCAUUUCAAGAAAAACAUUCGUGCCUAUAAUAAUAUGUUUUGUUUCACUUCCAUGGGUGGAAAAAUUGAUCAUGCCAUGAAUAAUGGAGGAGGACCACCUACUUACAGCCUGAAUGGGCAAAACUAUCAUAAAAUUGGAACAUUACUUCCACCAGAAGAUCAAAAUCCUAGGUUUGCGCAAUUGUACAUUUAUGAUACAUCAAACGAGAUCAACAAUAGGAUACGAUCUAACAGAAUCAAGAUCGAUGAUAAAAGAAAUUUUCAUGAUAUCAUUGUUAAGGAACUUCAGGCAAUAUUAGAUGAAUUUAAUAUUCUGGUCAUAUCCUUCCGUAUGGCACGCGAAAAACUUUCACAAGCGGAAGGGGCGAGACAGUCGUGGUGGAUUUAUUGAGAAAAUAAAUGAUUCUGUUAUUA